AUGUACAAUAGUCGUCUUCGAAGCAGGUGGCCACAAAGGGAAAAGGAAUCGCAACCUGAAAGCACGGAUGUGGUGGACUUGAAAUCUCGUCCAAGGCCUAUAUUCCGAGCCCAAGUAAGAAAUCGUAUCUCUACAGAAUCGCCACCAACGACAUCACGAAGUUACCUUGUUGCCAAGAAGAAACCAGUAGCGAAGCCAGAGCAGUUUAUCGCGACAAGUCGAACAUACCACGUGCAGCAAGGAGCCAACGGCGCUCCUUCAAGAACUCAGAAUACUCAGAAUUCCCAACUUCGCUCCAUAGCCAUUCCUAACGGGGUUCCAGUACAUGCUGGAACAUGGGAUGAUGGAACCCCGCAUUACGCGACUCAAAAGAGACCUCAGCAAUUUGCAGUGGCCACACUGGAGUCAUCGAAUCCUCUUAGCGCACUUACGCAGACUCAGUUCGCUUCUUCUCCGCUAAAUACAGAAGCGGUGGAUAAUUUUGCGAAUUCGAUUUUUUCGCAAACUUGGGAAGUCUCCCGCUAA